UCUGUCAACCUAGAAGAAGUGCAGCAAGAAGAGGAGGAAAACGAAGAAAAAAAAGAAGUGCAUAAGCGCACGUCUGUCUGUGUUUAACAGAUCUGCUGUACACAGGAUGGCUGAAGAGCAACAUCACAGCGGUUUUAAUAAAAAAUACUGAACUGCUCUCCAUGCCGGGGGAAUAGAACCUCCGGGAGGGAGGAAGUGUGUGUGUGUGUGUGUGUGUGUGUGUGUGUGUGUGUGUGUGUGUGUGUGUGUGUGUGUGUGUGUGUGUGUGUGUGUGUGUGUGUGUGUGUGUGUGUGUGUGUGUGUGUGUGUGUGUGUGUGUGUGUGUGUGUGUAGUCAUCAGACCUGACAGUCGUAGACGUGAUGGGUCCAAGGAGGAAGGCUUCUAAACUGCAGCCUUUAGUGGGCAGCGCUGAAGGAGAUCCUGUCAUGAGACCCAGUGAGCCCAAAGACUACAUCAACGAGAUGUCCCAUGAAGUCCUCUGUCAUAUAUUCAGAUAUCUUCCCAUGAAGGAUAUCAUGUGUAUGGAGUGUCUGUCAAGAAAACUUCGAGAGGCUGUAACUCUGUACCUGCGAGUAGUCAAAGUAGUGGAUCUGUGUGCUGGUCGCUGGUGGGAGUACAUGCCUUCAGGCUUUACAGACAGCAGCUUUCUUCUCCUUUUGAAGAAAAUGCCAGAUCUGGAGCAGCUGUAUGGACUCCACCCUCGAUACCUGGAAAGGAGACGAGUCCGAGGCUACGAGGCCUUUAGCAUCCCUGGAGUCCUGGAGGCACUACAAGCCUGUCCUAAUCUGCUGGGUGUUGAGACGUCCCAUCUGGAGCUGGUCGAAGCCAUUUGGAAUUACAUGCCACAUGUUCACAUUCUGGGAAAGUUCCGCAACCGUAAUGGGGCUUUUCCCAUUCCUACUGAGAACAAACUCACCAUCCCCAUAACUGCAAAGAUCCAGACCCUACAUCUAGUGGUGUUUGUUGUAGGUGUGAAUGUCCCAGAGAUUCCCUGUGUGUCCAUGCUGCGGCAUCUUUACCUGAAGUGGGUUCGUCUCACCAAACCACAGCCAUUUAAGGACUUUCUGUGUGUGAGCCUGAGAACCUUUGUCAUGCGCAACUGUGCAGGGCCAACCAACUCCCUCAAAUAUGUUCCCUUGGUCACUGGUUUAGCAUCAGCUCGGAACCUGGAGCAGCUGGAGUUGGUAAGAGUUCCCUUCCUGGGAGGACUGAUCCAACAUGUGGUGGAGGACAGCUGGAGGUCAGGAGGAUUUCGAAACCUCCACACCAUUGUGUUUGGAGCCUGUAAGAAUGCUCUUGAAGUGGACUUGGGCUACCUCAUCAUCACUGCUGCUCGCAGGCUUCAUGAGCUGCGUAUCCAGCCUUCACUGACUAAAGAUGGAGUCUUCUCAGCUCUCAAAAUGGCUGAACUAGAGUUUCCCCAAUUUGAAACACUUCAUCUGGGAUAUGUGGAUGAGUUCCUACUCCAAUGUAAGAUGAGUCAUUCAGAGCUGGUCAAGUACGGUCUGGCUGAUGUCAUUGAGAAUCCAGGAAUCAUCACUGACAUUGGCAUAAAGGUGGUGAAUGAGGUGUUCACGAAUAUUAAAUACCUGCUCAUCUACAACUGUCCUCACCUUCACAACCCGCACCACUGGAUCACAGAUCAAUCCAGAUGGAGCCGUCUCGUUGACCUCACUCUUGUACGCUGUCAUGCUAUCAAACUGGAGUCUUUUUCUCAGUUCAUAGAGUUGCUGCCCAGUCUUGAGUUCAUCUGUCUGGAUCAGAUGUUCAGAGAACCACCCAAGGGCUGUGCCAGGGUGGGCUUGAGUGCAGGAACUGGUAUUGGCGUGUCCUCAGCACUGGUCAGCAAUCAGAACUCCAACAACGACAAUGACAACCACCACCAUCACCACAAUGAGGCCAACAUGCCUCCCGCUCCUCCACCUGUCAACAACAACAACAACCAGAGGCAGCCGCAGCCACAACCGCAGCAGCAGCACGAUGCACCAGUGGAGGUAAAUGGGAUGGCGGAAGAGGAUGAAGAGGAGGAAGAGGAGGUAGUCUUGGAGGAUGAAAACAUGGAGACUGAGCCUCAGAUGGAGCAAAAAGGAGCAAAAGGUGGAGAAGCAGAAGAAGCUGAUGUGACUCCAGGUCCCAGUCAUUCAGCUGGAGCGCCUCAACAUCAUGAUGAGGAACAAGCAGGUCCCAGUGGUUUAGUCCAGCAGUGCAGACCCGCUGGUGCUGCCAUCCCCAAGCCCCCGUUGGUCAUCUCAGACUCAGACAGUGAGGAGGAAGAAGGCCUUGUUUCAAGGCUAAUGCCACCGACCUGUUUACAGCAGACAGCUUCCUGUGCAAAAGGUAAAGGAAAAACUCCUCUACGGCGGUGCAACAAUGUAGACGUGUCGGUCUCUGUUGAUCAGCCAAAAGCUCCAGUGCUGGAGAGCAGCUGUGAGAAGAGCUGUCAGGUGACCAGCGAACAGAUUAAGGCCGAUAUGAAGGCUGCUACUGAGAGCAGCAGGAGGACUGGCAGUAAAGGAAUCGCUACUGAGACUGUGGAGGCCGCUGCAAGGCCAGGGCCUGACAGUAGGACGAUACAGGGCACUGGGAGUACUGGAACUGCAUCAAGGGCUGGUGUGAGGCCAGUGUCUGCCUCUGUAGGAAGAGUUGGACCUGUGGCAGCUACAUCCGGCCAUGUGGGUGGAUGUGGGAGGGUGGUGGUAGUCACCACGCACAGAGCCACAACAACCACUGAUAGACCUGCUGGCAGGACUAAUGCUGGGACAGUGGGUCCCUCUGGAGCACAGAUUGGAGGCAGGGAAACUGGGGCGAGACAAAAUUCUUGUCAUGAUGGCGUGGACAGUCGUGAGACCAGAGGUGCUUCUGUAAACCAUGCUUCCACUACACCAGCAUUGCAGACGGGACAAGGAGAGAGACAAGACGCCCCUGCUGGACCUGCCUCUGCUGUUUGCUCAGGUUUACAGCAGAGUCACGGCAGAUAUGAGGACUUUGUUCCUAGGAGACCCUUGACCCGAUCUUGCACCCGCACAUCUUCGGUGUCCUUGUUACCUGAGACAGAUCUUUCAAGAGCCAAGCCUCGAGUAGCCGUAAGGAGGAAACGAAUGGCUGACAAAUCAACCAGCACCUCAGACCCAGUUACUGAGGAUGACCACGUACAGGUUUUGUCUCUGAAGAGUAAGAACCUUGUGGGAAUCACUCUGACCAACUGUGGCAUCACUGACCUUGUCCUCAAAGACUGCCCCAAGAUGAUGUUUGUUCAUGCCACCAGAUGUCGAGUGUUGAAGCAGCUGCAAGUGGAAAGUGCCCCCAUAGUGAACAGGUUUGACUACGCUCAGUGUAAGAAACUGGAGAUGGAGCAGGUCCUCGAUCAAAUACUGAGAAUGCCUCCUGAAAGGAACCGCAUCAUCUACAUGCGCCCUAUGCACCAGAUUGAUCCAGUAGCAUUGGAACGUCAGCUCUUCCAAGGGCCCUAUCCGUAUCAUGUUGCUAUAGUGCACGAAUUCAGCAACCCUCCAAACAUACGCAACAAAGUUCGCAUUCGCAGCUGGAUGGACACGAUAGCCAACAUCAGCCAAGAGUUAAUCAAGUACGAGUUCUUUCCAGAGGCCACCAGGACAGAAGAAGAUGUAAAGAGGUUUCCCAAAUACCCCUGGGGGCGGGACAUCUACACACUAGAGGGAGUGGUGGACGGUGCUCCCUACAGCAUGAUCACAGAUUUCCCCUGGCUGAGGACUCUGAGAGCAGCUGAUCCUAAUAGCUACGCCCGCUACGAUUUUGAGGACGAUGAAAACACCACCAUCUAUGCCCCGCGACGGAAAGGACAACUUUCUGCUGACAUCUGCAUGGAGACCAUUGGGGAAGAGAUCUCAGAGCGCAGACAGCGUAAAAGAGGAGUGUUCCAGAGAGUGGUGGUUCUCUUUCUUCACCACUGUGAUACACCAGGAGAACCCGUGGAUGACGACUACAUCUAGAGACCAACGAGCUCCUUUUUCAGUUACAACGGCAUCGACACUCCUGUUGCAGUGCUACCAGGAUCCUGACUAUCAAAGCUGCUUUGUUUGGAGAGGGGAGGUCCAUGUAUCAUCUGUUUGCUGUUCCACGCAAACAUGGACAUGAUGAAUGCAGAAGUGGUCAAAACUGAACAUGUUGACAUCAAUUUGCAAAAACCUUUCACCUGAUCGACAUUUGGUUGUUGUUUUUUCCUUUUCCAAUAAGACCAGAUUGGAGACUUUGCCCAUUUUUGGGCAAAGUCUUAAGGCAGGUUUGAGCACCCGAGUAUUAUUAAAAAUUCUUCAAUAGCAGCUAAUUACAGUGGGGAAAACGUUUGAUUUUUAUUUCAGAUUCAGUUCUUACUCUUGACUGCUGACAGAAUAACCCAUGGUCUGCUUAGGUGGUGUUUUCUGCUGCUGUCCUUGUCCACCGUGGUGAGAGAACACAUGCAGUGAAGGAUGUGCAGUCAUGUGGCUUCAUUUGUUCACUGUGAGAGUCUGCUGAUCAGUGCUGCCAGUCACCAGAAUUGAAACGCUUUGUAGUUUAAUUUGAAGUUUACUUUCAGAGUUCAUAUUUUUCUUCCAUUAUGCAAAAGUGUCAGUGGUUCUGAGCUUUGUAAUCUAUGUCAAGUGCCAGGAGGAAAAGAAACAGACAUGUGAAGUCAAUAAGAAGCUGAAAAACUGAAUAUGAACUUCCCUGUGCCUGACUAUCAGUCCUCUACAGGCCUUUGACAUGCUAUCUGAGCAGCAUAAUCACAGCUUCAGUUUUGUUGUAAGUUGAUCAAUUCAGAUGUUUCUCAGUGACCAAGUAAAAUGUUCGCCAUUGGACAGAUCUGCCCUGUAAAACACUGUAAAGAACUGACGCUCGCAGGUUCAGGAUGUGGCCUCUGAAAGACGAACAAAGAAGAUUCAUCCAACGUAAACAGCGAAUGUUCACCGUCAUCUGAAUUGCAAAUUCAGUCGUGGUUGAAACGGAAUGAAGCAUAUCAAGAUUUCUGUUUUUGUUUUUACAAUUGUACAGAUGUUGUGGAUGAUGAUAUGGUUCAGCGGUGUUUAUAUGUUUAUAUGGACAGAACCAGACUAUUUCACAGAAUGAAAAGUAAAAUGGUGGGAAACAACCUGUUGUUCUUGUCAUGUCCUCACUUCUGAUUUAAAUUAGUUUGUAAUGAAAAUGCAUCGCUGUCAUGGACUUUACAGGAAGGUGGAGUCAAAUACAUGCUACCAGUCAAAGGUUUGGACACAAGCUCUCAUUGAAUGGUUUCUCUUUAUUUUCAUGACUAUUUAAACUGUAGAUUCUUACUGAAGGCAUCAGAACUGUGAAUGAACACGUAUGGAAUUAUGCAGUCAACAAAAAAGUGUGAAAUAACAAAACAUGUUUUCUAUUUUAGAUUCUCCAAAGUAGCCAUGCUACUGAUUACCCCUUUUUUGACACUCUUGGCAGAAUCUGUGCUCCAAUACAGAAUCUGAUUCAUUGUAUAAUUUUAGGUUCCAACAGUGUUUGCGUUACCCAGAUAGAAAGCUGAAGGUAGUACACCAACAAUUUUUCCUUCUGCACCCAUGAGGAGAUGAAAUAUGAAACCACUAUAGCCAGUGAGGCACCUUGCUUUUAACUGCUACAGCACAAGAUGUCAACCACAUUCUGCCUUCAAUGAGUGUCUGCUUGGGCCUUUGCUUAUAGACUUUAAUGAUAAAGAGCAAUGACAUAGCUUCAUAGCAAAUGAUAGUUAUGACCACACUUUGCUCACCAUGAACUAAUAAUCAAUAAUCAGGUCACUGUGGGUUUGUGUGAGUAGUUCACAAUGAAAUCAUAAGUGAAGGAAUGUUUAAUCAAAUGAACUGCGUAUGUUAACAAACAGGCUGAUAAAUUUGCUGGGUUCUGCAAAUGUUACUUUCAUUUAAUUAAUGUGUUAUUUGACUCAGCCUCUCUUUGUAAGAACAAUACCUACUUUAAUAUAGUAUAUAAAAUAUGAAACUUUACAAGCAAACUCACCAUAAGAUUGAAAUUUACAUAUGACUGCAUCAGUGCAACACAAGCCAAAACGAUAGAUGGAUGGAUGGAUAGACAGACAGACAGACAGACAGACAGACAGACAGACAGACAGACAGAUAGAUAGAUAGAUAGAUAGAUAGAUAGAUAGAUAGAUAGAUAGAUAGAUAGAUAGAUAGAUAGAUAGAUAGAUAGAUACAGGCAGCAGCGGGAGUACAGGGAAAGCAGCAUCUUGAUGUUUACCGAGUCAUGGCUGAACGAACAGACCCCGGACUCUUUAUUAAUUUUGGAUGGAUUUCACCUAGUCAGAGCGGAUCGGGACGUAAAGAAGAGCAGUAAGAGGAAGGGAGGGGGUCUGACGAUGUAUGUGAAUGAGAGAUGGUGUAAUGCUGGGCACAUUAGCGUAAAACAGCGGCUGUGCACUAAGGAUGUUGAAUUACUGGCCGUUAAUCUGCGUCCGUUCUAUCUGCCCCGGGAGUUUUCACAUGUAAUAGCUGCUACUGUGUACAUCCCGCCAUCGGCUGAUGCGACUGCAGCCUGUGAAAUCAUCCACAGUGAAGUGUCCCAGCUGCAAACAUCUCACCCUCAGUCCCGUAUUAUCAUCUCAGGAGACUUUAACCAAGCAUCGCUCUCUGCCACUUUCCCCACGUUCACACAGUACGUGACGUGCCAGACUAGAGACAGUAAAACCCUCGACCUACUGUAUGCAAACAUCAAAGAUGCAUACAGCUCCUCCCCCCUCCCCCCGCUGGGCAGCUCAGAUCACAACCUGGUGCAACACAUAGAUAUAUACAAACACUAGAUGGCUCAUGAGCGCUGUCAGCCUAUGGGGAGCGACGUCGCCACAUGGCGGCCAUCUUGGGACAGGGCUGCUCGAUCACUCAUAACAUUAAAGUCAAUGGAGCAUGGAUUUUAAAAUCACUGUAGAUUGCUCAAUUUUCAACCGAUUUUAGAACAGCUUGGUUUGUUAUAAACGUCAGAGAUGUACUUGUUUUACUGCUUACAUAAGAAUAAUUAAAACCAUUGAAUUCAUAUAAUAAUGAACACAGAUAUCAGCUUUUUUCAGCAUAAAUGGAUGUAAAUGUAAUUUUAAUAUUUAACAUUGCACUUUUUUUUAUUACUAUCAGCUUUCUAAUGCACAGAUAAAAACAAAGCUCAACCAAAAUCAAUGCACAACAAAAAGAGAUGAUGUCUUUUCUUUUCAUGAACCCGGUGCCUACAUUACCCACAAUGCAUUUCGGCUACAGGCUCACUAAUCCAGGCAUAGAUGUACACAAACAAUAAGUCUAAGGUCUCAAUCAAAGUCUCUUAACAAGCAAAUAAAUACAACCACAACCACAAAGAAUGUAAUUUCGCCUAAAGAUUAGGUUCUCAAAAAAACGUUGGUCUCAGGAAAACCUAAUAAUUGAAAAUCAGAUUGUGAGUAACACCAUCUUCAAUGUGAGUAGCCAGGCAGAAAAGACACACAACUAUGCCGCAUUUUUCAAAACGAAAAGCUGCGAUUUCGGAAUUGAACCUGAAUCAUAGCCACGUUAAUAAGGUUUGUAAUAAACUAAACCGUUUGUAAAUCAAUCAAGAAUUGAGCGAGUUGUGAGUGUUAAAGUGAGGAAAUCAUCCACCUUACCAUUGACUACAGUACAGUGCGCCAGAGCAGUCCCCUGUCCUAAGAUGGCCGCCAAGUGACGACGCCGCCGACUCCGUCUCGAGACAUCUAGUGUUUGUAUAUAUCUAUGGUGCAAUAUACCAAGGGUGAAGAAACAACCCCCCACCAUAAGGUAUGUGAAGAAGUGGUCUGACGAGGCUUCUGAGGUGCUGCAGGACUGUUUUGAGACAACAGACUGGAAUGUGCUGUGUGGUCCACACGGGGUGGACAUCGACACACGGACAGACACUAUUACAGAAUACAUUAACUUCUGUGCAGGGAAUAUCGUACCGACCAGGAAAGUGCGGUUUUUCUCUAACCCUGCUGAAGGAGAAGAGAAGGGUUUUUGGAUUUGGGGACAAAGAGGAGCUGAGGAGGGUGCAGAAGGAGAUAAAGAAGAACAUCAAGGCGGACAAGGCCAGUUACAGGAUCAAGAUGGAAUCUCACCUGAAGAAUAAUAACACAAGGGAGGUCUGGAAAGACCUGAGAUCCAUCUCUGGUUACAGCAGAGGCCAUGAGAGGGGUGCUGCAGCAGGAGACCGGGAGUGGACCAAUGAGCUGAAUCUGUUCUUUAACAGGUUUGACUCUGCUCCCACUCCUCCCCCCUCUCAUCAAAGCACCGACCAGCCACCUCCUUCUUCACACCUCACCAACAGCACCUCUCCUCCUCCCCCCACCCUCCACCACCUCUGGACUUCACAAACAGCCCCACCACCUCCCCCUGUCUCACCCCCCACCACCACCACCUCCCCCUGUCUCACCCCCCACCACCAUCACCCUCUCUCCUUUCAUCCUCCUCCACCCCCAGCCUCUCCAUAACAGCUGAUCAGGUGAGAAGUGAGCUAAAAAAGAUCAAGACCAGGAAAGCCGCAGGUCCUGAUGGAAUCGGCUCCAGACUCCUCAAAAACUGUGCAGACCAGCUCUGUCAGGUGCUGCUCCGCAUCUUCAAACUGAGCCUGAGUCUGGAGAGGGUUCCUGUGUUGUGGAAGACUUCCUGCCUGGUUCCUGUCUCAAAGACCAGGAACCCCAGGGAACCAAACCACUUCAGAGCUGUGGCCCUCACUUCUCAUCUGAUGAAGAUGACGGAGAGGAUCAUCCUCAGGAAUCUACGCCCCCUGGUGAGCCCUAAUCUGGACCCACUGCAGUUCGCUUACCAACCGAACGUUGGAGUGGAUGACACAGUCGUCUACCUGCUUCACAGAUCACUGACUCACCUGGAGGACACCGGCAGCACUGUGAGGAUCAUGUUCUUUGACUUCUCCAGUGCUUUCAACACAAUCCAGCCUUCCCUGCUCAGGGUGAAGCUUGAGGGAGCGGGAGUAGACUGCUGCUUGGAUCAUCAACUACCUCACCAACAGACCACAGUACGUGAGGCUGCAGGACUGUGUUUCUGAUGUAGUGGUCAGCAGAGCACUGUCCCCACAGGGGACAGUGCUCUCUCCCUUUCUCUUCAUCCUGUACACAUCGGACUUCCACUACAACUCUGGGAGCUGUCACCUCCAGAAAUUCUCUGAUGAUACAGCCAUUGUUGGGUGUGUGUCUAAUGGGGACGAGCUGGAGUACAGGACAGUCAUCUCUGACUUUGUUGACUGGUGUGAGUGAAACCAUCUGCAGCUCAACGCCAGUAAGACGAAAGAGAUGACCAUCGACUACCGCAGGAGGAGGACACCUCAAACUGCACCAGUGAACAUCCAGGGUAUGGACAUUGAGAUAGUGGACUCAUACAAAUACCUGGGUGUUCACCUCAACAACAAACUGGACUGGUCACACAAUACAGAGGUCCUGUACAAGAAAGGCCAAAGUCGUCUCCACCUGCUGAGGAGACUGAGGUCCUUUGGAGUGUGCAGGACUCUGCUCCGGACAUUCUAUGACUCCGUGGUAGCGUCUGUUAUUUUCUAUGCUGUGGUCUGCUGGGGAGCAGGGAGCUCUGAAAGGGACAGAAAGAGACUGAACAGACUGGUCAGGAGGGCCAGUUCUGUGCUGGACUGUUCCCUGGACUCCAUAGAGGAGUUGGGUGAGAGGAGGAUGUUGGCAAAGUUCACAUCCAUCAUGGACAAUCCCUUUCACCCUCUGCAUGACACUGUGAUGUCUCAAAGGAGCUUUUUCAACAGUAGACUGAGACACCUAACCUGCAAGGAGCGCUAUCGCAUUCCAUCUGCUAUAAGACUUUAUAACAUCAGCAACAAUGGCUGAUGUUAAAACAAAACUGGACUCUAUCACGUUGGCUUUUAUCAUAUAAUCUGCACAGUUCUUGUACUAUUUGAGCCUCUUGUACUUCUCAUCAUUCCAUAAGUCACUUUUUUCCAUUCUACACUCGUGAAAAUAUUAGGAUUGUUAUUAUGAUUACUGUUUACUGUGAUGAUUAAUGUUUACUGUUGCUUAUUGUUGCUCUACUGUAUGAUACAUGCUGCUGUAACAUGGGAAAUUUCCCCGGACAAGGGGAGUAAUAAAGGAUUAUCUUAUUUCA